AUGCCUCGAAAGGCCAUGAAAUGUAUAGUCGAGUUCGAUGUGCAUACGGUAAGCGUUGUUCGUGUUAAUUUUUUGAAGUUACCACAUGGUUGCUAAUGACGCCUUAUGUAUAGUUUGUCGUUCCAAACUUUAAUCUUUCAAAAUUUCAUCAUUUAGGUUUUGUGUCCUGGAACAUAUCUGCGAGAUUACGGCUAUGUUUUUCUUAGAGUCACCUGCAUGGGUUUAGAUGUUAGUACUAAAGCUGUACCGCCAACAUUUCCCUUAUUUUUUCACGAAAGACUUCGCUUUGAACGGGUAAUAAUCUUUGUUGACUAUUGGACUUCAUUAUUCUUACGCCACAAAAUUACAGUAAUUGUUUUUAUAUAUUUGCUUGCAAACAAUACCUAAUAAGGUCCAAUAUCUUUCUCAUUUUCUCACAUUUUUAUUUAAUUUUCAGACAUUUAAAAAUUGUCAAGACCCAGCCUAUGUAUCUGUCUUACUCAAAGGUAAACAAUGAAGAAUAUUUAAAUUCAUAUUUUGAAAUGUGUUUUUUUUAAAAAGUAAUUCAUGAUUUUGAUAUUUAUUUUUCAAGGAGAGGACUUAACAAUAGCGUUGUCCGCAGUAGCUAAAAAUAGAUUCUCUAAGUGAAGACCCCCCACGAGACUCAGACAAACAAACUAACAUUUUGUAUAGAAUUGUACUAGCAGCGAACAUAAAUUGGUCUAAAUUGACGUUUUUAUUUAUUUUAUCUGUGCUAAUACGAAUUCAAAUUUAUCCCAAAUUACAAACAUGGUUAAUGCUAAGCACUGUUGCUGGGGAACAUGUCCAAGUGUUUCGAGAUAUUAAGAAAAACUGCCGAAACAGGGAAUUGAAAAGUCGGACGGGACGGGAAUGUCUGCAGUAGCAAUGUGUUGAUUGUUAUUGACUGCGGACUGUGCUGGUUUUUCUCCAAGAACUCUCGCAGCUAACCAUUUUCCCACAUCAAUACAUCCAGCGAAUGAUGCUUUCCCGAACUCGCUGAAGAAGAACUUGGCGUUUUAUACCGCUUUGCUAUAAGCCGGCCUCUACAUUUUAACCUCUGCUUGAGUUUAAUCGACAGUAUAAGCAGAUGGAUCCGAGGGGCAUUUCACUCGAAAAAAGCGUACGGGAUUUUCGGAUUUUUAAAAAUCCGCGGAUUUUUUAGCGGAUUUAGCGGAUUUUCCCGGAUUUUUUAGCGGAUUUUUGAAGAGAAAAUUUGCUGGAUUUUCCGGAUUUGUUCGGAUUUUUUCUGGAUUUUUGAAAAUCUGUUGGAUUUUCCGGAUUUGUUCGGAAUUUUUCUGGAUUUUUUUUAAUUAUAGAUUUAUAGAGCUAGGUAACGUUUUGAACAAAUAAUCUUAAGUUGUACGAGUGUACGACGUCAACGUUAUGCCAGGACGUCAGGCUCGAGCAGAGGACUGGGACUAGGACCACAGCCUUCAGAAACUAACGAAUGCUGGGCAUGCAGUCAUUUUGUUUAAAAUUCAAACAAGUUCAUUAUUCUUUCAAAAACAGUAAAAGACAAUGGUGAAUAACUUUUGGUUUUGUAAUUAUAUUUUACAACAUAACGUCAUUGUAACAAGAACACAUAUUUAGUAGUAGUAGGCUAAAAAAACUUAGCAUAUACUCGAGCGUAUAAAUGGAAAUGUAGAGUGGUCCAAUAAUUACGAAAUAUAAUGACAGAGAUCACGGUAAGCGUUUAGCUUUCGCUGUCCGCCAUUUUGAACGUGGCAAAGAACCUUUACGAGUAAAUUACACCAAGUACUUCAUAUAUUUUUUGUGGAUUUGCGGAUUUUUUUGAGGAUUUUGAAGGAUUUCUGUGGAUUUUUGAAGGAUUUCUGUGGUUUUUAAAGGAUUUUUCGGAUUUUGAUGGAUUCAUCGGAUUUUGAGGAUUUUUUCUGGAUUUUUUCCGGAUUUUUUGACGAAGUGUACGGGAUUUUUGGAGUGAAUUGCCCCUCGGAUGGAUCAUGCUCAAAAUAUGAGUCUGGGACGCCAUCGUUUUCAGUGAGAGCGUCUGUUGUUAAAUUUAUGACUGAGAGAGAAGCAAUAGUUUACCAGACAGUGUUAGGCUAUUAAUUAACACAGUGUUAAAGGGCGGUUCUCCAUUUUACAAAACGGAAUAUUUAAAAAUAGAUAAAUAAAAAUGUUGUUUUUCUAAUAACAUAUUUUUGUUGUAUUGUCAAAAUAAAAUAGUUUUACUCGAGGUUUUACUGGUCAACGGAAGAUUUUAUAUUUGAGAUUUUAUAUAGUUUGUAGUUUAUCUUUGACAUUUUUUAAAAAAGUUUAAAUUUGAAAGUAUUAGUUUUAAGUACAUUCCUAAUAAAUCCGUAUUUUAUAAGUUGAAUAUGUAGUCAAUAGAUUAUAGUAAACAAUCCUAGCUUCUUUGGCUUUGGACUUUGCUAUUAAUUAUAGAGAUGUCUAAAGUAAUAAAAUAAUGCCACACUAAAGCGAGUAUUAAAAUAUAAGUUAGUAUAAACAUGAAAUCAACAACAUUAAAUAGGGAACUUUAGAACUAAUUCGCUAGGGCUACGAAUUAAAUCUGGUACGACUACGAGAUUUUUUCGGUUAAAUAUCUGCUACUACAGACUUUCUAUCGUCCUUUCUUUUGCAUACCCUUUCUUUAUGGCCUCUUUUAUAGCAACAGUUACGCCAAACCAUGUACUAUUAUAAUACAGUAGACACCGCUUACGAUAGAAACGACGACAGUCGAUACUAAAGUGACGAAAAAGUGUAUAUUUCUACUUCCAAAGCAAAAAUAUUUUGCACUGGCACUUCAGGUAAAGCGAAAAGUACAAGGUGUGUAUGAUUUCGCACAAAUAAACCGUAAACAAACAUCAAACUAUCAAAAUAACUCGCAGGAAGCUCUUAAUCAUAAUACUAUUUAUAUUAAAUGUUGCCAAUGUUUGUCUGAGUCUUCGCGGGGGGUCGAAUUUUCGUGACGUCAAUUGCGGACAACGCUAUUGAACUGCGGCAGCAUGAUGAUUAUAUAUCGGGUAUGUUUUAUCUUGGAGAAGUGUAACUAUGUCGUAAACUAUUCAGUUUAUUGUUACGUAGGCUUCUGUUUACAUUUGUACUUAGUCAGUCUACUUAUUCUGUUGUACGUUUGAUCCGUCUUCUUUGUCAUCUGUCAACAUAGACAUAUCUUGCCAUAUAAUCCUAUUUGGAUUAAUUUUCAAUAUCUCAGCAUGCUGUACACAGUACAGUUUGAUAUCACCCAAAUGACUUUGAAAUUAAUAGAGUGCAUUUAGAUAUUUAACUCAUUAUGUUGCUUUGUGCCACAGUCUACUUUACUUGGUCUAUCAUCAAAUUAUUUUACCCAUCAAGGGGGGAGCUAGCGCUCAAUGGAUGAAGAAAUGCAGGGGAAGCUGAGAAUUAGUAAUAUACAAAAUAAUGAUGAACGGUGGCCAAUAAAACAUGUUUAGUUGUUUAUCCCAAGUGAACUUCUCUAGCAUUUUAACCCUUUAAGUAGCAAUGCACCCAGAUAUGCCCUACGUUAUUAUUUUACUCUGUCUACCACCAGACGAUUUUACUCGUCACAGGAAGAAUGCUGCCACUCAAUGAGUUAAACAGACUGUCUGCCCAUGCACCUGUGUUCUUUAAGUGGCAAUGCACCCAGAUACGCCCUACGUUAUUAUUUUACUCUGUCUAACGCAACAGUUUUCAACUGGUUUUCUCAUGUGUCCCCGAUUUCACAUGAUUGAAUUACCACGUCCCCUGAACAGAAAUUGCCCACUGAAGUCUAUCAAAAACACGAAUUUCGAAAUAGUUAGUAAAAUAGUAAAUGAUUUAAAUUUUAAAUAAUAGAUAGAAAGUCAAGCAAACAUGUUUAUAGUACAAACUAUUGUAUUCAACUAUUGUAUUCAACUAUUGUUUUCUCAGUCCUAGACCAGUUUGUGUCCCCUAGGAAUUUGCCAAAUGUCCCCUCUCGGGGACAUGUCCCCCAAGUUGAAAACCCAUGGUCUAACGCCAGAUGAUAUUUUACUCGUCAGGGAGUAUGUGCCCAUGCACCCUAGCUGUUAACCCUUUAAGUGGCAAUGCAUCCAGAUGCGCCCUACUUUAUUAUUUUACUGUGUUUAACACCAGACGAUUUUACUCGUCACGGGAAGAAUGCUGCUACUCAAUGAGUUAAACAAAGCUAGUUCAAUGUGAUUGGCUGAUCAAAAUAAUUAUCAAAAGCUUGUUAUAAACAUGAACGUUGCCAUGUGAGAACAUCUCUGAGUGUUGAUGCAAAUCAAGAGGUAGACGAUGCAAUGCAGAGACAUGUGUUGAUUGCUUUGUUUAGAUGGUUAUGUUAUUGCACAUUAUUCUUCAAAUGUCAAAGAUUUUAAUGACACAUUUUCGCAUAAACAAUGAAUUACAAUGUGUUUACAUUCAAAGUCAAAUUUAAUUUAUAGAUAUUUACACGGUCAUAAAAUUUAAGAUAAAAUAGGUAAAGAAUAUUAUUAAUAUAUAAGUUAAGAAUAUUAAGUUAAAAAUAUUGUUAAAAUAUAAAUUGUUCAACCAUUUAAUCUAAGGUAGGUUCCUUUCUCUAUUUCAUGGCAUUCAGUUCAACAAUUGCUCUUGGAAAGAAACUGUUUUUAAAACGUUCAGUUCUGCACUUAUACAAUGUCAGAUUAUUUAGGUUUCUAAUAUUAUAUUGUUGAGCACAAGCUCUAGAUUGUGUUACGUGUUCAGCAAGCCUGCUCGUUUAGCAAUCUUCUGUAAGGUAUUAUACAGGUUUCGUUUCGCCUGUCGCUAAGUCUUGUGCAAUUAGCCAAUUAGAGAGCUUCGUCGUAUGAGUGACCAGGAAAGAUAAUGCGCAUGGCACGCUUUUGUACUCUUUCCAGUUCGUCAGACAGAUAGCGGGGUAUCGCGUAAUUCCAUACCUCACAACAAUAUUCCAGAAUAGAACGAAUAAGCGCGAAGUAUAUGUUGGUAAGAUCAGCAGGAGGGACACCACUGAUCUGAUUUGACCCACGACCUUUAGCCAAGCUCAUUAAUUAAUCACCCAUUGUGAGGAAGGAUUAAAAAGGAUUAAAGGAGGUGCGAAGUGUCAAAAUGGACGGGCAUUCUAUACAGGGUGUAUAAAAAAAACGCAACCUCGGAAUUUCCCAAGAAAACGACAUGGUUUUAAAGACAAAAUAUUUUAGGCGCCUGGGAAUUUAAAAUAGCACAACUGCCAAAAUUAUUGUGCAUAAAGCAAAAUUUAUGCAUUUAUUUAAUGGACAACAACAGUAAUAUGAUCUAUUAGCAAUUCGAUUUCAAUUCCCAGGGGCUUAAAAUUAGGAAAUUCCGAGGUUGCGUUUUUUUUUAUACAAACCGUAUCGGUUAGGUGGAAAACGCGGACAGGUAUAGGUAUAAAAAAUGUAUAAAAGUGACAUUCGAAAUUUCCAUCUACAAAACCCAUCAGCAAUUAAUUCUGUCGAGUACCUAUUAUCAGGAAGUUGUCGCUGUUCGCAAAGGAUUAAAGGAGGUACGAAGUGUCAAAAUGGACGGGCAUUCUAUAUCAUAAUAACGAUCCCGACGAAUAAAUAGUUGCAAAACUAUACUUGCGCGUGCGAUCAACUGUACCCCUAGUGUUGAUCGGCAAUCACAAGUUAGUCAUGAUCAGCUACAAUUUUGCACUGAGAACUUAACCUUGAAGCAGGGAAGUAAAGCAUCAAAAGACCUGAUAAUAUAUACGUAUGUGUAUGUAUAUCAAAUUACUCUGUGAUUCCUCACUUAUAAAAUAUAACCCAGUAUCAUUCGUGAUGACAAUUAAAACAUAUGUAGUUGAAACUUGAAUAUAUGAAAACGUUUUCUGAAUUGCCGUUGUUUUGUAUUUUGUAAAGAUUCUGAGUGGAUUUUUCAGAAUCUUCAAUACUGUAAGUAAAAUACAUGGAAUUGAUUGUGUAAUUAUGACAUCACACCUGCAGAUAUAGCUUUCUGAACGUAAAUAUGACAUCAAUUCUGCCAGCAGAAAACGAGCUUCUUUACAUGCAGAACAUAUAAAGCCAUGGCCCAUGGCGAGAUUUGUUUUUGUAACUAAAAAAAGAAGCGAAAUACACUAAACGAGCUGACAAACUAAGACAGAGAAAAGAGAGAGAAAAACACAACCUCGGCAUUGAUAACUUUCAAUAUCACGCGAAAAUUAUUAAUUAUUGUCGCAAUAGAUUUUUUGAAGUUUAGUAAAUUUCGUGUCCGCAUGUCCGCGUUUUCCACUUGACUUGCGUGUCCGCGUCCGCAUGUCCGCGUUUUCCACUUGACUGGCGUGUCCGCAUGUCCGCAUGUCCGCGUUUUCCACCUAACCCACACAAUCAUCCUCAUAGACGCUGACUACGCUCGUUUGUUUUAAACCAACCAAAAUAGCUUCCUAGUCUAACGCUGCUACGCAAAUAUUUUCUGUUCGUUAAAUUUGUAGUUUAGCUAUAUUUUCAGGUCUUUCAGUCUCAGUGUCGUGUUGAAAGCUUCGAACACAUGUACUUAGGUCUAUUUCUAAAUAACGGACCACCAGCCGCAUGGAUUUCGUAUAUCGCAAGAAAGCAACUAAACGUUUAUAUCAAAAGCUUUAUUUUAAAUGAUACAGUACUAUUUAUCGCUUAAACGUCCCCUGCACCGCAAUAGUACCUACAGAUGACUAAUUGUUUAUAUAAUGCUGGUUGCGCCGUACGCGCAAGUUUGAUUUUUGUUCUGGCGCCUGGCGGAUUGAAUUGCAAAUGAUCAAAAUGAUCCACAAAAAGCAAAUGAUCCAAAUGAUCCUCAAAAAGCAAAUGAUCCAAAUGAUCCACAAAAAGCAAAUGAUCCAAAUGAUCUACAAAAAGCAAAUGAUCUAAAUGAUCCACAAAAAGCAAAUGAUCCACAAAAAGCAAAUGAUCCAAAUGAUCCACUAAAAGGAAAUGAUCCAAAUGAUCCACAAAAAGCAAAUGAUCCAAAUGGUCUACAAAAAGCAAAUGAUCCAAAUGAUCUACAAAAAGCAAAUGAUCUAAAAUGA